CUUCUUUCAUCUCAUUAUAAAAAUCUAGCUAAAUCACCGAUUCCUAUUUUCAUCUCAUAUUUUUUUUUUACCAACUAAAAAAUCUCCCUCUCUCUCGCAUGGCAAUGAACAUCUGUUCUUCGCUCCAUAACACGAACACUUCCUCCCCUUUUUAUUCUCCCAAUUCAGCCUUAAUUCACAGCUCCAAGCUAUUCAAACCUUCUCUAAAUUAUCAAAAUAGGCGUCAAUUUCGCCGCACUACUAUACAAUCAGUCUCGAAUAUCGAUGCAAAUGUAGCAGAACCGCAGAUUAAACCUGUGUAUACACCUACGCCCACUGAUCGUAAUCUUCGCACUCCUCACAGCGGGUAUCAUUAUGACGGAAGUGCUAGAAAAUUCUUUGAGGGUUGGUACUUUAAGGUUGCAAUACCGGAGUGUAGGCAAAGUUUUUGUUUUAUGUAUGCUGUACAGAAUCCCUUGUUUCGCAAAAAAUUGACUGCACUGGAGGAGGCUCAGUAUGGACCCAGGUGGACUGGAGUUGCGGCUCAGAUUCUUGGUGCUGAUGACAAGCUUAUUGUCCAAUCAUCUGAAGAAUCUCAAAACUUUUGGGGAAGUAGGCAUGAACUAAUGCUUGGGAAUACUUUUGUGGCAAGAGAUAACUUGAAGUCUCCAAAAAAGGAAACACCUCCUCAGGAUUUCAAUAAAAGAGUAUUGGAAGGAUUCCAAGUUACCCCACUUUGGCACCAAGGUUCAAUUUCUGAUGAUGGAAGGAAUAAUUUUGCAGAAGUUGUAAAAACGGCGCGGUGGGAGUACAGUACCCGUCCUGUCUAUGGCUGGGGUAAUGUUGGAUCCAAACAGAAAGCAACAGCAGGAUGGCUUGCUGCAUUUCCUGUGUUUGAACCUCAUUGGCAAAUAUGCAUGGCCGGAGGCCUCUCGACAGGUUGGAUAGAGUGGGAUGGUGAAAGAUUUGAAUUUGAAAAUGCCCCCUCAUACUCUGAGAAAAACUGGGGAGGAGCCUUUCCGAGAAAAUGGUUCUGGGUUCAAUGUAAUGUAUUCGAAGGCGCUACAGGGGAAGUUGCACUUACAGCUGGUGGUGGACUUAGGCAACUGCCUGGACUGAGUGAGAAAUUUGAAAAUGCUGCGUUGAUUGGAGUACACUAUGAAGGAGUGCUUUAUGAAUUUGUACCAUGGAAUGGAGUAGUUGAAUGGGAGAUUUCUCCAUGGGGUUGCUGGCAAAUUUCUGCAGAGAACAAAACCCAUAAGAUAGAGUUGGAGGCAACAACUCAGUAUUCAGGUACACCACUGCGUGCUCCAACCACAGAAUCUGGUUUUGCUCCUGCUUGUAAAGAUACGUGUUGGGGUGACUUAACACUGAAAAUGUGGGAACGGAGCUCAAAUGGCAGUAAAGGGAAGCUUAUUUUGGAUACUACUAGCAACAUGGCAGCAGUAGAAGUUGGAGGAGGACCAUGGUUCAAUAGCUGGAAAGGCCGGACAUUUACACCAGAAGUUCUAAAUCGCGCUCUUAAUGUUGGUGUUGAUGUUGAGGGGUUAUUUAAUUUCGUUCCAUUCCUCAAGCCCCCUGGUUUAUAGAUACUCACUAUAAGGUGGUGUUAAUCGCUAUCAAAUUUACAAGAAUGCAUGUUGUUUUGAUGCAUGGAUCUCACUGGAUGUUGCAAGUAUAUUAGCUUCCUGAGAGUGCAACAAGGUACUAUCAAAUUAGGGUCCUUGUAAAUAUUGACAGCUGGAGGGGUGGGAUAGUUUAGGUCAACUCCAACCAAAUCCAAAUUUGGAUCACCAAAUGAUCUGAAUUUAGGGCGGGAUUCAAAUCUUAUUCCAACUAUACCAUCCAAAUAUAGAUCCAAAUUCAUUCA